GCCUGUUCCUGUUCCCCAUCCCCAGUGUUAUCCGCUUUUCCUGUAUAGACCAACCUUCAUUCAACUUUCGAGAGAGAGUCUGUGAAGAAGCGAAAUGAAAAGGGAAAAGGAUCUAUUAUGAGAAAGAUAUAUUCGAGGAAAUCAAUCAUGCAUCCUCCUUUCACCCUCCGAAGCUCUACUUAUUUUCGUUUCUUAUCUGUCUGUCAAUCCCGGAGCACUCUAAUCGGCGCUAACCAUACCUCCGCUCGUUUCUGCUCUCGCUAGGCUUUAGUCUUUCUCUCUCGUUUACAGAUCAUUCUUUAUUAUUAUUAUUAUUAUCAUUUUUUUUUUCAUUCAUUCUUUCAACACAACAAAAACACUUCUCUCAGUUAUCAGUCAUGGAGAUUACGACAGGGAAACCAAGCUUCUUGAGAAAUAUUCUCGUCCGUGUGCUUUUCUUUUGUGUUUUUAUUUUCCUCCUUCGUUUUGUAUACGUUGUCAUUAUCAGGGGCGGAUCUUGCGAUGCCGCUGACUUUUGCUUCUUCUCCUCUCCCGAAAACUUCAACUUUGCCGGCAGCGGUGCCGUACGGAUCGGCGCCUCCUCCGUUGUCGUCGACAGCGUCGGAUCUUCUUCCAGCACGGCUCUUCGUGACCUCUGGACCAGCAAAGAAUGGCGUAAGUCCGUCGACUACCACUCGGCGAUCUUCCAAGAUCUGAUUGCCCAAGGCUAUCUCUCGCCGGGGUCCAAAGCCUUGUGCAUCGAAACCGUGAGCGGGCAAGACGUCUUUGCUCUCAAGGAAGUCGGUCUUCCCGACGCAAUCGGAAUCUCUAAGAAGAAAUCCCCGCCAUUAGUAGUAUCUGGUCAAGCCUUUCGCCAGCCGUUCAAGAAAAAUACCUUUGAUUUCGAGUUCUCAGGUGCCGGUGGGCUUGACCGGUCUGUUAGACCGUUGGAGUUUGCUUCUGAGGUUUGUAGGACGCUUAAACCCGAAGGGUUUUUGGUCGUCCACACGGCUUCGGCUAAAGACAUGUACAGCUUCAAUUCUUUUCUAAGUUUGUUCAAUUGCUGUAGGUUGGUUCGGUCGCGUGAAAUUGAUGGCCCUGAUUCUUCGAUGCCGUCUAUUCGCGAGAUCGUCCUGAAGAAAGAAAGUGAAAUGAUUCUUAGCCAUGGGACGGCGAAGAAGCCCCAUAGCACAUCGGUUAAUAUGUGUUCUGUUCCGGGGUAUAAACAGGAACUGAUCCGGAAAGCAGAGCCGUUAAUUACAGAGGAGCCGUUAAAGCCUUGGCUUACUUUGAAGAGGAACAUAAAGAACGUAAAGUAUCUUCCUUCAAUGGUCGAUAUAAGCUUCAAGCAGAGAUAUGUUUACGUCGAUGUAGGGGCUCGGAGUUACGGGUCCAGCAUUGCCAGCUGGUUCAGGAAGCAAUAUCCCAAACAGAACAAAACCUUUGCAAUCUAUGCCAUUGAAGCUGAUAAAACUUUCCACCAAGAGUACCAAACGAAGAAAGGAGUUACUCUCUUGCCGUACGCAGCGUGGGUGAGGAAUGAAUCCUUGUUCUUCGAAAUUAACCGAGACCCAGGUCAUAAAAAUGUAGCGGGAGGUAGAGGAAUGGGUCGGAUUCGACCAGUUCAAUCUUCUACUAAUUUCGUGGGGGACAUUGAUAAGAUUCGUGGUUUCGACUUUGCGCAUUGGUUAAAAAAUACUGUCUCGGAGAGAGAUUUUGUGGUAAUGAAAAUGGACGUGGAAGGGACUGAAUUUGAUUUGAUCCCAAGGUUGUUCGAGACUGGGGCUAUUUGUUUGAUUGAUGAGAUCUUCCUCGAAUGCCACUACAAUAGAUGGCAGAAAUGCUGCCCUGGCGAGAGGACUUCCAAGUAUCAAAAUACUUAUAGCCAAUGCUUGGAGCUUUUUACUUCUCUCAGAGCGAGUGGAGUUCUUGUUCAUCAGUGGUGGUAAUUCAUACUUCCCUUGAACAUCUCUUUGUAACUUUUAUUUUUUUUUUUGUUUUUAAUUUUCAUAGAUUUUUGUCAAUUUUUAUAGUUGAAAAAUUUGUAUCUCGUUCAUUUUUCUUCCUUAUCUCCCUUUCUUUCCUUUCUCGUCUAUUAUAUUUCAUAAAUCAAAAUUCUUAGCACUUA